CCUGCCUGCCCUGCCCGCCCUGCCGUCUCCAGUGUGCCAGAUAGAGGCCUGGCCGUAUAUAAGUCCAGGCCGGCCCUCGACGGCCAUCCACCGGGUGACCACUCGCCGAAGUCGCUCGCUCCGCAGUCCCGCAGCCCCCCGCCAUGCUCAAGCUGGUCCUGCUCCUCGCCGUCGCGGCGCUGUCGGCCGCCGCCAACGUGCCGUGGUCCGACGACGACGACCUAGACAACUACCUGGAGAACGACGUGGACACCACAGACCUGCGCAUGGUCGGCGGCGACGUGGUGACGGACACCAACACGUACAGCUUCAUGAUCGGCAUCCAGCCCAAGUACACCCUCAACAGCGUGGUGACAAAUGCGCCCUUCUGCUCGGGCGUGCUCAUCAGGGGCCAGACCGCGGCGGCCACGGCGGGCGCCGCCCCCACCGACCAGUACUACGUGCUCACCUCCGCGCACUGCGCCCAAUCAGGCACGUCGUACGACUUCUUCGCCGGCAGCAUCAGCGUCCUCAACACCCAGACGGCGUCUCAGGCCGGCGUCCUCGCCACCACCGCCAUCAUCAACGAGGAGUUCCGGCAGACGUCCAUGACCGGGGACCUGGCCCUCAUCCCCACCACCAUCGUGCCCUCCACCACGGGCACGGCCCCCAUCACGGCCGCCACGCUGGGCAGCAUCACCGACUCCACCAAGAGCUACCUCAUCAACUCCGUCACCAUGGCCGGCUGGGGCUACCCCAACGACGUCUUCCUGGACCACUCCCCUCGGCUCCGGGCGCUCAGCUCCUGGGUCGUUCCGAACUGGUACUGCGCCGUCCGGCACCUCAGCAUGCCCAUCAGGCGGACCCACGUCUGCACCGCGGGGCUGCCCAACAAGGGGCCGUGCACGGGCGACUCUGGCGCUCCUCUGAUCGCGGAGACUUCGGGCACCUCGUCGAGCGGCAGCACCACCAGGGGCAGGGUCGUCAUCGGCCUGGCCACGCACACGCCCAGGAACGGCUGCAACAGGGGAAGGCCCGGCGUCUUCACCCGCAUCGGCGACUACCUCAACUGGAUCAUCCAGGUCACCAACUACAACCCCGACGACUAGGAGAGGCGCGGAACCGGGGCGCCGUCGGCGGCGCUCUUGAACACUUCUGUUUUACGACAACAAAUCAAUAAAUGUGUAAAAACAAA